AUGCGGAGGGUCGAUGCAAUGCCAAGGCCAAAGGAAAAGCUGAGGAAGGGCAAGGCAACCGGCGGCCGGGCGACAUGCGGGAAAGAAGCAAGCGACGGCGCAGGGCUCUUUGGCGAUGGAUGGCCAGAGUCGAGGGGCAGGCCAAGCCCAUUUUCGCAAGGAACCUUGGAAAAAGAUCCACCUGCACGAGGCAGAUGGAACCCCUCAAGUCCCCUCAAGUGGUCGCAGAAUGGCGUACCGAGAGGUCACAGAGGUCGGUGGUGCAAGCGGUGGUCACCUCCCACCAUCCCUGGGGAAAGGUGGCAGCCACUAGAACAAGUUCAUGCGGGGCAUACCUACUAUGGAUAUGGAGGCGCCAAGACCCUGCGCUCUGUCCUGGCAGUCUGUCACUGA